UAACUGGUCACUGAGUCCGCUGCCACCAAACGCGCCACUUGUCGCAUUUCAAGACCACGUGAACAGAGGCGCGUUAAUUAGUAAUGACGAGAUUUGAACAAAAGGCUGUGAGAGCUGGAAGAAAAACGGGCUAGGGAUAACUAUUAUACAAACAUAAGUAAGUUAUGAACAAGCGGCUUGUCUUCCUGCUAGUGGUCCUAGCGACCGUGCUACUGACCUGUGAAGGAAAGUCUCCCUCAAAGAGCAAGAUAAAUAAGUCAAAAAAAGUGCCCAUCACAAAGAAAAUAACGGUUCCCGCGAAAAGCAAAACUUCAAAGGCAGCCGUGAAAAUUGCGAUAUCAGACUUAUCGACGAAGGAAGAAAAGAGUCAAGACCAAAGCCAGAAAGAUGAUGCCGAUGGUGAUAACGCCGGGAGCGGAUCUGGUGACGUCCUCUUGGAAGAGCCGUACAUGGAUAGUGAAAGCGAAGCUGAGGAUGACGAAAAGGAUGUUGAAGAGAAGCAUGAAGUGAAACAGGACAAGAUAAAAAAGAAAAAACACGACAAAAAAAGCAAAGCAAAGGACAAAGCUGAAGACAGCCUGACCCUUCGCAAACUACUGGACUCCAGCAUUGAUAAUCUGGCAAAGGCGGGAAAGGCAAUUCAGGCCAUCCUAGACGUCACAACAAGGAAAAAAGCAGACGCAGCCCAGUCCCUUCAAACCUGCCCCGGCUCCUGUCCCGACGUGUGCGCUCCGCAAUGCAUGGAGUCCUGCUGCGGCUACCCGCCUUCAGAACCCCCACCCUUCCCGGGGUACGGCAUGAGCAACCCCUCCUACCCCUCUUACCCCCAGCAAUACCCCAUGCUGCAGCCGUACCCACAACAGCAGCCGUACCCACAACAGCAGCCGUACCCACAACAACGACAGUAUGCCGGGCAGCAGAUGGUGGCGUGUCCUCAGCAGUGUGUGGCAGCACCUCCUCAAACACCAUGCCCUCAAGCGUGCCCUUCGGGGUGCUGCGGAAUGGGCUCUCAGGCCGCUGCCGGGCCUCAGUACUUGAUGCUCCCUCCCGCACCUACCAGCCCACCCACCGCCAAACCAACAAAGGCAGCGACCGCAUCGCUCAACCAAUGCCAGCCUCCAUGCCCACAAUCGUGUGCACCAAUGGGGUGUUCUCCUAGCUGCUGUCAAUCAAUGGCACAGAUGAUGAUGCCACCACAGAUGAUGUCGCAGAUGAUGCCGCAGAUGAUGCCACAGAUGGCCCCAGCAAUGCCUGGCCCUGGCGCCUGCUCCCCGUACUGCCAGCAGGCGUCUAACAGUAUGGGAUGCGCGCGCAGAUGCCCUGCUAACUGUUGUAGGCAACAGGGAAAAUAGGAAAAGUUUUAAAUGAAAUAUUUUUUAUACGAUACUACAGUUAACAGUUAUUUCUCUGAAUUAAGUGUACAAAAGAUCAAAUAAUACAGGGGGUUUUGUUUGGUUUUUAUUACAUAUAAAACCCGAACUUUGUCUAGCUUUGGAAAGUAUUUAGAGGUGAUAUUAAACAAUUGAACUAUAAUAAUUAUCAUGCAACUUUCUAAUUAUUAAUGGUAUUAAUUAUAUUAAUUCUAUGCAAAUAUAUUGCGAUAAAGUGACAUAACAUCGCCUCGUGAAUAAUGCACAACUCAAGGGUAACCUGUCCAAACAAUAUUCAUAUCAGAACGAAUAGAAUAUAUCAGAACGAAGGUAGAGUUAGCCUAACAGGUGAAAAUGCUUUGCAAGCGUCAUAGAUUUGACAAAAGUGAGAUUUAUCACCCUAUAUGUUUAACGGGAUAUCAAUUUGUUUUGAUUAUCGUGUUUAUUUGACUUUCCCCUGCUGCGUUCUCAACCGAGAAUAAUAAUAAUUAUGCAAUUUGUAUCUUCACUGUUUGAGUGAUAAAUAAAUCUUGAAAUAACAGUCAUGGCGAAAAUUCUAGAAAAUAUCAGCACAAGAAUCCAUAGCACUUGAAAAAGAGUAUCACAUUCCUAACGAGUUACGUGGCUAAUAAAAACAUACAGGUGUAUAGUAACAAUGUAUCAUCAAAACCGCAUAACAGAACGAUAAAAAAAAAAAACUCUAAAUCUUUUUAUUUGGGGCUUGGAAUUCAAAAUUUAGUUUUAAAAUAAACUUUGAACAUUUAAUAUACUUUGGAGCAUUGUUAAAAAGUAUCUGUUUAUCAUUUUGUUUGGGUUUGGUACUAACACCCCUGAGGAAAUAGCUCGACCACCUGUAAAUUACGAGGCGAAACGACAGCCUACGAAACAGGAGAAUUCCUAUGACAUUGAACCACAACUAGCAGAAUACCUUCAGUUCCCCAUCACGAGUGUACCACCAUCUCCAGAAAGAUGAAGUUCCUGAUAGCCUUGUGCAUUUUACCCAUAGUGCUCGCCGCACCGCCUGCCCGUCGUCCUGCACCAAGAUCAUAUGGCGCACAGAUGCAGUUGCCCUUCGGUGCACCCAUGCAAGCCCCUUGCGGAGCCCAAAUGAUGCCCCCAAUGGCCCCACCCAUGGGAGCACCUUGCGGAGCCCCAAUGCAGGCCCCAUGCGGAGCCCAAAUGAUGCCCCCAAUGAUGCCCCCAAUGGCCCCACACAUGGGAGCACCUUGCGGAGCCCAAAUGCAGGCCCCAUGCGGAGCCCAAAUGAUGCCCCCAAUGAUGCCCCCAAUGGCCCCACACAUGGGAGCACCUUGCGGAGCCCAAAUGCAGGCCCCAUGCGGAGCCCAAAUGAUGCCCCCAAUGAUGCCCCCACCCAUGGGAGCACCUUGCGGAGCCCAAAUGAUGCCCCCAAUGAUGCCCCCAAUGGCCCUACCCAUGGGAGCCCCUUGUGGCGCCUCCAUGCAGCCUCCAUGCGGUCGCUAAGAUGGAGUGGAAAGAGACAUGUUGUGCAUGUUGUAAAUAGACUGCUAUACGAUGGAAUUGGGUUUUAUAGAAAUUAAAGUGUUUUCAAAGCCCAUGCUUCACUCAGA